AUGAUCUCAUCUGUCUUCCUGAUGCAACCCGUUGGACAAGCACUGGCACAACUUGUUGGCGUUUGGGUCGUUCUCGGCCGUGAGAACAUGUACCAUUUACAGGAGAUGCAGUGCGGCAUCAACGACAAGUAUGCCGAGGAAUGUCGACGAGCUGUGGAUGGUAUAUGGCGUAUUGUCAUUGGCUCCGGCGCCGUGCCUGCUCUGCUGGCUAUCAUAUUCCGCUUUUUCCUGUACGACUGCGGUCUGUACACCUUGGAAGUGAAGAACAAGCCUGGCACCGCUUUCCGUGAUACACAGCGCAUAUAUGGUGCCCCUUUAAGCAUUGCGGGCGGCGGAGGCGGCGGAGGGGGUGAUAGUAUCAACGGCGGCGCCGUGUCGCUUUACUCUCCAGGAGGUGCCCACUCUGACGAGCCGAUGCCGGUACAGUUCUCGAUCCAAGACCUGAAAAAUUACUUCAUCCGGGAUCAAAACUGGUAUUACCUCCUUGGGACUGCCUCGACAUGGUUUUUUCUCGAUGUGAGCUUUUAUGGCUUCUCACUCGAUAACCGCGGUGUCUUGGCCGAUCUCUGGGUAACCGGGAAUCCUCCAGAGCUCAACUCGUCCCUCAAGUGUUGGAACUCGAGCCUUGAUGGGGGCAAUUCUACGUUGCCGACAUGGAGUGCCCAAGGUCAUAUGCCCAUUUGGCAAACCGACCCAACCCGACCAUGCGACACAAUAUACGACAUCCUGCUCCAGCAAGCGAAACAAUACCUCUUGACGGUUUCAUUAGCGUCAAUAGCAGGAAGCGCUUGCUUCAUUUUUGCAGCAAACCGGAUACGGCGCCGUCAGUGGCUGACGACGUCCUUCAUCUGCCUCUUCUUCCUUUUUAUGAUUACCGGAGGCGUAUACUACGGCAUCGCGCACACAAAAUACGCUCCGGCUACAGUCACCAUGGUUGCCAUUUGCCAUUUUGUCUUCAAUUUUGGGAAAUUGGGAUCCAUUGUCGCCGUACUCAUUGUAUACGGCGUCAGUUCGGGCUACCACUCGACAACGAGGCAGGGUCUUCUUUUUCUCCUCUUCGGCACGUUCAUGGCCUUUGGAGCCCUCUACAGCUGGGCAUACUUGCCCGACGUCCAGCGUAUUGUUGGCAACCGACGCUCAGGACGUGGCGGUGUGCCCGGCAGGUCCGGGCCCAUUGGCAUUGGGGGUAUUGACCUCGGCCCACCCAGAGACAUUGGCGCCAAUAGAAACGGCCGCAAUGUGCAUGGCUAUGGUCGGCGCUACGGCGGGGCCAGAGACGGCACUACCCUGCAAACGAAGAACCUCGAGGAUCUUGGUGAGGGUCGUGCCAAAGCAAGACAUGAAGGCGAAGUAAUCACCAUUCGAGAUAAAUGGAACGAGCUCAAGAGACGGCGUGGGAGGAGGCGUCUAGGAUCGUCUUCUGCUGCCGCGUGA